AUAGCAAACAGAAGAUAUGUGGUUGUCGCUUAUCUUCAUUGCCUGUCUGGCCGGCGCGAGUGGAUCCGUGGGGGCUGAGGGAAAGCUGCCGGUGGAGCAGGCCUUUGUGCCCCGCUACACUCCGGUGGCCGAGAGCAAGCGGCAGGAUUUGGAUCUACCCGCAGAGGUGGGUCUAGAUCAGCAGCAGAGACCUCCUGCAGGCGAUAAGAAGCCCUGGCGACGAGUAGAGUACGGUUACGAUGGAAUUCCUACGGCUGCAUGGGCUGCUCCCUCGCCGCCGGCUGCCAUCCUGUCCAUUCUGAAUCCCCUGCUGGCACCGGGACUGCUCCUCCUGGGUGUGAACCUAGGAGCCUUACUCUACAUGCUGCUGGGACUCCUGGGGCUUGCUCCUCAUCGAAGCGGCAGUACCAGCCGGGUGGCUCUACAUCCAAAUGCCAAUCCCCAAUCCUGGCCAGACGAUCAAAGCUACUACCACCGAGACAGACACAAUCCGGGUGAGGGCAAGGAAACGGCUGUAUAUUUCUAGAUAUAGCGCGUAAC